GAAUCCGGUCAUAAACCCCUUUCCUCCAGUUUUCCAGAGGAGGCUGUUCACUUUGCUGAGGGGGACUCAGCUCGGAUUGAAAAUGAGCCCGAAAAACAUUUUUUUCUUUCAAAUUCAAAUGAAAAUUAUGAACCUUGCUAUUCUUUGGCCCCAAGUGCUCCAUUUACCUAUCGUUUUUCUACGAUUAAUUCUGUUUCUCGUUUUUCCUGUGAGGAAUCAAUUGCCAAUUCUUGCACUCCAGUUGAGCCUGGUGUUGAUCCAGCCGUUUCUUCACUGUCAUCCGCUCUUUCUUGUGUCCCACCAAAUGUCCCGUCAUCGAAAACCCCACCAUCAUCUGGAGCUGCGACCCCAAUCUUAUCAUCAAUGCCUUAUGUUAAUUCUUCGGAAUUGGAUACAUUGCUAGGUCAUGUUAAAACAGGCGAAGGCGUUGCUAGUGUAGGCCCUCCUUGCUCGAGUCGUAGCAAUGAAAGCCCUGAUGUCCUGGAUAUUGGUGAUAGUGGCAGUGUUACCAAUGGAUCUGCCAAUAGUCUUGGCUGUAGCGGGGAUGCUAGUGAGGUUGAUUAUUCUGUUGGUGGUGGUGAGACCGGCGGAUUAGGAAAUCAUUCGGGAACAGACAAACAUUUGAUUCAACAUCACAACCACUUACACCAACGACAGUUUCAGCAUCUACAACUACAACCACAAAAGCUGGAGCAAUCGGUGAAUGGUGUAUAUACCAGACAGGAUUUUGCCAGGUACACAUUCAUCCGCCUGCAUAUCUCUGUAUAA